CAACAAAACAUAGUCUUGUCAACCACCCCUAUCUCCAAGACAUUGCCGGUUUGAACUAAGCCAUCUCUCUCUCUCUCUCUCUGCAACACAUCAUGUGAAGGUUUUGCUGGUUUCUAUCUUCUCCACCCUGUCAAUGCCCCCAAAGUCUAUACCUUCACCAUCCUAAAACUUUUCCAACCUCUUGAACCCUUUCAUCACACACAAAACCACACUUGUCUUAUGUUUUCUUGUCCUCAACAUUCAUAGUAUUCACUAUAUAUAAACAAUCUCAACCAUGUUUUUUCUCUAGGGUUUCAAUCAACUUCCUAACCUUUCCAAAAUAGGGUUUGAGUAUUUAUUUAUAGACUUAAAUGGAAGAAUACACUAAUAAUCCAAAUCAAAAUCAAAAUCAAAGUUCAAGGCCAAAUUUCUUGUAUAAUCAGAUUCCAAUGAACAACACCUUUCAUCUUCAAUCAAGAGGAUCAGAAAAUUGUUUUCAUUCAGAACAAGUACAUCAUCAUCAACAUCAACAUCAUCAUCAUCAACAACAAAGCGCUGUGAAAACUGAAUCUAAUAGUACUUCACAACUUCAUACUCCAAUUUUUCAUUACCCUAAUUUAAUGAGAACAAAUAUUAUUCCACAAACAAUCAUGAAUCAUCAUCAACAAGGAGGAGGAGGAAGUCCUAGUAGCUCUAAUGAAGCUGAAUCUAUAAAAGCAAAAAUCAUUGCUCAUCCUCAAUACUCUAGUCUCUUACAAGCUUACAUGGAUUGUCAAAAGAUUGGAGCACCACCAGAAGCGGUGGCUCGUAUGGUGGAAGCAAGACAGGAGUUUGAAGCAAGACAAAGAUCUUCAGUUAACUCAAGAGAAUCUUCAAAAGAUCCAGAACUAGACCAAUUCAUGGAAGCAUAUUAUGAUAUGCUUGUGAAGUAUAGAGAGGAAUUAACAAGGCCAAUACAAGAAGCUAUGGAUUUCAUGAGAAGAAUUGAAACUCAGCUAAAUAUGCUUUGUAAUGGACCCCUUAGGAUCUUCCCAGAUGAUAAAAAUGAAGGAGUUGGUUCAUCAGAAGAAGAACAAGAGAACAGUGGUGGAGAAACCGAUCAAGUCCAGGAAAUCGAUCCUCGAGCCGAAGAUCGUGAACUGAAAAACCAUCUCCUGAAGAAAUACAGUGGUUAUUUAAGUAGUCUUAAACAAGAACUUUCAAAGAAGAAAAAGAAAGGAAAACUCCCUAAAGAAGCUAGACAAAAACUACUCAACUGGUGGGAAUUGCACUACAAAUGGCCAUACCCUUCGGAAUCGGAGAAGGUGGCAUUGGCUGAAUCAACAGGUUUGGAUCAGAAGCAAAUAAAUAACUGGUUUAUAAAUCAAAGAAAGAGGCACUGGAAACCAUCUGAAGACAUGCAGUUUAUGGUGAUGGAUGGUCUGCAUCCACAGAGUGCAGCUCUUUAUAUGGAUGGUCAUUACAUGGCUGAUGGACCUUAUCGUUUAGGGCCAUAAUUAACCAUGGUUCAUCAUCAUCAUCACUUUAUUUAUUAUAUUAUGUUAUAUUUUGUUAUAGUUUAAGAGGGUAUGUAAAACAAUCUUAUGAUGUUCAUUGUUGGAUUUUAAAUGUUACAUGUUUGUAGCUAUUGCAGUUUUUUUUCCCUAUCA